UAAGAGCAUGCGGUCAUUGUUGUGUUCAUAAUUUGACUUUCCUGUCUGUGUUCAAGAUGGGUUACUGGCAAGUUUUUCUGUGUGUUAGCAGAUAAUAACAUAGGACCUGCGAGGUCCGGAAUCUCACGGUCUCUGCGUUCUUCGUUUACCGACUCUACAGCCGUGAACGUUCCAGUAGUUAAACUUAGCAAGAUGACUUCCAGCACAGUUCCAAAAGACGGUGACCGCUCAAGUGGCUUCAAAGAAAGUUUGCGGUUCUUUCAGAAUCAAGUAGAGAAAGACAACGCUCUCUAUGCUAGCGCUCGAAAGACUCUUAUCAAUGGCCAUAGUGUAAGCGAUGAUGCCGAUAGCAGUUUUCAAAACAAAAUUAACCUAAGGACAAACUCUGCUCCUAGCGUUGAUAAUAUUCUUAGCAAUGUCAAAACGCUGUGUGCCAAUCAUAAUGGAAAUCAAUUAAGUGACUCAACUCCAAAAUAUCCAUCAGUUCAUCGGAAUAUUAACAAAGACAACAAAACUCAGCCUAAAGUCACGCCCAUUAUCUCCAAAACAUGCGAUGAUGAGUUAUCUCGUCUGAAUGGAGGCGUAACGAGAACAGAGCAGGUUUCUGUUUCAGGAAAAGUCACGGUAUCGGAUCAUAGCAAAAGGCCAUCACUACUGAGUAGUUUUAAUCCUACUUUUGAGCCUGCAGAAUCUGAGCAAGACACCCAGAAAGACAAAACCUCUGUAGAACUCGGCUUUGGUUCGGUGCAUUCAAAAACUAACUAUCAAUCGCAUGCUACAUUUGGAACCAGCACGACGUCCUCUAUCAAAGUUGAGACGAACUCCAUUACGGACUCAUUUCAGCAUCAACUUUCUUUUGAAAAAUCAAAUUCAUCUGCUUUAAAAACUAACUCAGAACUUUCCACGUCCAAAAAUUGGAAAGAAUGUGCACAAAAUGAGAAAAUGUCUGUGUUGAACAAACUCGAACCUAUGAAUAGUUCAUCGAAUCGAACAUUUGGACAGUGCAAAGAUAAACUAUUGCCGGUGGACCAUAAAAUUCCAUUAGUAAAGAAUACUUCACAUGUGAAAUCAAGUCCAAAUGAACAAACUAAUAAAACUUUAAAAGAAACGAAACAUAAUGAUGAAGAACUAUCGGAAAAGCAUUCGGAUCCUUUUGAAUCUGAUUAUGAUUCCCAGGAUUUUGUUGUUCAUAAAGCAAAUUUUUCUGAGGACUUCCUUGAAGCUAUGUCUGAAGAUAACUAUAGUUCCGUUAAUGAAGACUACGAAGUUGAGCAUCUGGAAGAGCAACCACGUGGUCCCAAUAUACCUUCCCCUGAUUACGCAAGCGAUGAAGAGGAAUGUUAUAUACAGCAAGGUGACGACGCAGAGUAUGAAGAUGUGGAGUUCAUUGAUAAUAGCGCACAAUAUGCCAACGAUCCUAGGAGAUAUAUUUAUUAUUCUGAUGACAAAGAACUUGAAGUGAUUCCCGAAGAAGAUGAAGACGAUAUUGACGAUGAUAAUGAAAUCUACAGUCAUGACGAAGUAUAUAAGCCAGGCGGCUACCACGUAUCGAAUCAGAGCAGUGACGAUUCCCGGUACAACAAUCAUGGCGAAUGUGAUUCAGGACUUACUGAUGAUCAAAGGAGUAGCAGCAGUACAGCAGAGGAAUGCGACUUAGAGGAUGACACCGACAGUGCCAAGGGAUCCCUGCCUUUGCACGAUUCUAGCAGUGAAUCGCCUACUUAUAAUGAGAGAGCAAAUAUGUUCCAAAACGUGGAAUAUCAUAAAUUUAACAAGAAUCUUCCGCACAAAAGAAUAAUAGAGGAUUACGAAAAACCAAAAGUGAAUGGCAAAGAUGUGGAAACGAUUCCAAAUACAAACCACGAGUUUGAAGACUCGGAAGAAAUCAGACAAAUUAGGAGCUUAACGAGUAGUUGGGAUCCGCAAGAACUACUGCGAGUCCUGUACCGAUUAGACUUUCAUUCAGAGCCUCUAAAGAAACAAAUCAGGUACAUCAAUAAAGAAGGUUACUUGGAAAAAUUACCUUCUGGUAGAAAAAAAGCAACCUACUGGAACCCUUGGAAAACUAAAUACAUCAAACUAAAAGAUGGAUUUUUCUAUUGCUACGAUUACAGUAUAGAUGUUUCGAUACUACCCGACUUACUGAAGCAUAUAUUUUGUGAGCUCAACAUUCAACCAGAGAAUUACAAGAUUCAACUGAGUAUGCCUAGGAAUUUAAGUCUUCAAACGAAACUCAAAAUAGCAUGUAUGCUCUUAGAUGACUUCCGUGUGAAAGGAAUCAACCUGACUCAUCAAGCUAUUCUAUCACUUCAUGCUUAUAAUUCAAAAUCGGGAAUAAUCGUUGAUAUUGGUGACAGACUCGAUGUAAUUCCUAUUAUUGAAGGUUACAUUGUAGAAAGUGGUGUAACUAGAUUACCGUAUGGUGGACAAAGGAUGAUUCAUCACCUAAAACAAGCUUUAGCAGAGAAAAACAUUAGUGUCGUUAGUGAUGUGCAAACUUACUUAGCUCGUUACAUAUUGGAGCAAUUAUGUUACGUAGCUGAAGAUUAUACUGAAGAACUGCAGAGAUACCACACAAAUCCUGAUGAUUUUGAAAUGUCGUUAUCAACAAGUCAUUUUUUCAAUGACGACUGCUUAUGGGAUGAAAUUGUUCUUGACUUGGGCCGGUUCCAUGUACCAGAGGGCCUAUUUACUCCAGAAAAGUGGGGUAUAGAUAACCCAGGCCUGCAUAAGUUAGUGCAUCAUGCUAUUCAAGAAUGUGGAGUGGAUCAAAGGCGAGAGAUGUCUCGAAGCAUUUUUGUGAGUGGAGGCUUAACACUUUUACCAGGUUUUGUCGAAAGACUUGAAGCUGAAGUAGACAAACUGACACCUGAUACAAUUGUUCCUAAAGUGCAUGCAUCUCCAUAUAGAUGUCACAUGUCUUACAUUGGGGCCUGCCAGAUUGCGCUUGGGGACAAGUUUGACGACAUUUGCAUUACAAAACAAAUGUGGAAAAAAGAAGGAAAUACUUGUGUAAAGAAAUGGCAUAUAUGAGUACCAGCAAAAGACUAUUUUACUUGAAACCAACAGACAUAACAAACGUGUGCAUUAAGCCCUUUGUUAUAAUUGUGAGAAAAAACAGAAAAAUAUUGAGUCAUGUUUGAACGUCUUUGUUUCUUUUGCUUAAGUUUUUUUCAAUGUGCUGAAGAUAUUUUUUAUAAAUUCAAGUAUUACGGAGGCUGUAAACGCUUUUAGUUUCAUGUACAUAUUUUUUACAAGCAUUAAAGCUGCUUUUGUGCCAAGUUAACUAUGUAAACAUAACCAGCACUUUGCAAUCAUUAUGAUGAAAUAAAGAUGUG